GGAAAAUAUCUCAAUCACACUUGAUUUCAACACACCAAGCCACCAAGCCAAACAACUUAUAAACGCCCACAAAGAACGAAACUAUUCUGAACUCGUCAUUCAGCAAAUGCAGAUUAUAAUAUUAUGACACACAUAAAAUUGUGUAGGUAGUAACUGACCUUUCAUUGAAAAGAGGAGGAGUCAAACAAAGAUCCUCAAAGGGUUGGGACCUCCUGCUGUCAGUCCCUAGGGAACUUCCUGUUGUCACCACACCUCUGAAUGAGUCGUCUGAGCUUGCUGUGAGCAAAACCCACAGGGGAAACUCUUAAGCCUCUUCGAAGUAAAUUAUUCUUGUGAAUGUGACACACGAUCUCUCCAGUUUCCAUGUUGAGAUUCUACGUAUUUAUCAGUUUUAUGUGCUUGGCAAGAGCAGACACAGGAGAAACAUGUCCUUCAUUCACCAGGCUGAGCCUUCACAGUGCAUUAGUUGGUACGGGACUGGACGUGAGGCUGAUGCUCUACACAAGGAGAAACCCAACUUGCGCACAGACCAUCAACUCCUCAGCCUUUGAGAACUUGAAUGUGACCAAGAAAACCACCUUCAUUGUUCAUGGAUUCAGACCAACAGGCUCCCCUCCUGUUUGGAUGGAGGACUUAGUAAAGGCUUUGCUCUCUGUGGAAGACAUGAACGUAGUUGUUGUGGAUUGGAAUCGAGGAGCUACAACUGUAAUAUACAACCAUGCCUCUAGUAAGACCAGAAAAGUAGCCACCAUCUUGAAGGAAUUCAUUGACCAGGUGUUGGCAGAAGGAGCUUCUCUUGAUGACAUCUACAUGAUCGGAGUAAGUCUAGGCGCCCACAUAGCUGGGUUUGUUGGAGAGAUGUAUGAUGGACGGCUGGGGAGAAUUACAGGCCUCGACCCUGCGGGCCCUUUAUUCAACGGGAAACCUCCUCAGGACAGAUUAGAUCCCAGUGAUGCGCAGUUCGUUGAUGUCAUCCAUUCCGACACUGACGCACUGGGGUAUAAGGAACCAUUAGGAAACAUAGACUUUUACCCAAAUGGAGGAUUGGAUCAGCCUGGCUGCCCAAAAACAAUAUUGGGAGGAUUUCAGUAUUUUAAAUGUGACCACCAGAGGUCUGUGUACCUGUACCUGUCUUCCCUGAGAGAGAGCUGCACCAUCACUGCAUACCCCUGUGACUCCUACCAGGAUUAUAGGAAUGGCAAGUGUGUCGGCUGCACUACCUCACAAAACCAGUCCUGUCCCCUCCUGGGCUAUUAUGCUGAUAAUUGGAAAGACUAUUUAAGGGAGAAAGAUCCUCCAAUGACAAAGGCGUUCUUUGACACAGCUGAGGAGAAGCCAUUCUGCAUGUAUCAUUACUUUGUGGAUAUUAUAACAUGGAACAGGAACAUCAGAAGAGGGGACAUUACAAUCAAAUUGAGAGACAAAGCUGGAAACACCACAGAAUCCAAAAUCAAUCAUGAACCCACCACAUUUCAGAAAUAUCACCAAGUGAGUCUACUUGCAAGAUUUAAUCAAGAUCUGGAAAAGGUGGCUGCCAUUUCCUUGGUGUUCUCUACAGGAUCUGUAAUUGGCCCGAGGUACCAGCUCAGGAUCCUCCGAAUGAAGUUAAGGUCCCUUGCCCAUCCGGACAGGCCCCAGCUGUGUCGGUAUGAUCUUGUCCUGAUGGAAAACAUUGAAACAGUCUUCCAACCUAUUCUGUGCCCAAAGUUGCAGAUGUAACUGUUGCCAGGACACAUGGGCAUCAGUAAUAGAAAGAAAGCUACGACGGGCUGUUUUAAAGCAUCACUUCACCUUUUCUGCAAUGCACAAAAAAACCCCAAAGCUUUUUUCAGUAGCAUCUAUGGAUGUCACAUUGUACAACAUCAAACAACCUUGUGAUUAUAAAACGAUCCUGGAAAGGGAGCCCCUAACUAGGGCAAGUCAGAAAUAGCCAGGCUUGCGGCAGCCCAGCGCUGUGUCUGCUGCGUCCUGGGGCCUCCUUUGUUCUGACCUGUCAAUUCUGUUGCCUGUCACUCGGGUGGUUCUACCCAUCACGGCUCCAGGUCAAGCAUCUUCAAGGGAAGGACGGACUGGAGGCCUCACUGUGGACUCAACUCUGCAUUCUCUGUGCCAAAUUUCUCCAGUUCUCGCAUGUAGAAGGGAAUGAAACUGACCUGUACUUCACCGGGCUGCUGUGUGGGUUUGGAGGCAAGUCUAUGAAGGCUUUUUUGAAAUCCCAUGGGUCCACAUCUAUGAGAUGUGUGAUAAAUGUGAAUAUGCUUUUAUUUAUUUUCAUAGGGCUUAUCUAAUUUACAAUAAGAGAGCCUCUCUCUAUCAACACCAGCUUCUCUCUUGGACUGUUUGAUCUGGGAAGGCAAGAAAGUCACAUGCGGGCUCUCUGCUUUCUCUAAAGUGUUGGAGCAUAGAGGAGCUGGAGAAGGUGGGGUGGACUGACAGCUAAGAGAGUGGCUGCUAGGACUAGAUGGUAAGUGGAUGAGGAAAGAAGGACAAGGAAGCUGUGGGGCAGCCUCUCCACACAGCGACAGGGCAAGAGAGGGAAAAGCAGAGUUUGUUUUUCACCUAAGGUGGAGAAGGAUCACUUUACAGGCAACCCACAUUUCUUUUUUUUGAGAGAGAGUUUCGCUUUUUUUGUCGCCCAGGCUAGAUUGCAAUGGUGUGAUCUCUGCUCACUGUAACCUCUGCCUCCUGGGUUAAGAGCGAUUCUCCUGCCUCAGCCUCCUAAGUAGCUGGGAUUACAGGUGCCUGCCACUGCACCUUGAUAAUUUUUGUAUAUUUAGUAGAGAUGGGGUUUCACUAUGUUGGCCAGACUGGUCUCAAACUCCUGCCCUUAACUGAUCCGCCUGCCUCGGCCUCCCAAAGUGCUGGGAUUACAGGCGUCAGCCGCCACCCCCGACCAAGAAAUAGACUCUGUCAUAAAUUAUAGAAAUCUAUAAAUAUAUUCCUGUGUGGCACAUCUUACAGAUUUACAUUUGUAACAUACAGAGCCUGUUUUGUUUAAGUGAGGGAUGACUGGACUCCGAGUGGAACAAGCUCUUGGACAUCUCACCAUCCUUCCUCCUCCUUCCCACAUUUCCUUAGCAAUGGUGGACAGAGAGAUCAGUGUGCUGUAGGCCCUGGUUUCUUCUUAGAGUUUUAUUGGUCCUGUAUUCUGAUUAGCACAGUCACUUUUUUGUUCUCUUUCCUUGCCUGGUAAGCAGGAGUCAAAAUGAUAGCAGGAAAUUCCAGAAAUAGAAUUUCUACCAAUUUGUAAGAUCUGGGCUCCUGGGUCUUCUAGCUCAGUACUUGGCUCACUGUGGGAUGGGUAGAUGGAUGAAUGAAUGGAUAAAGAAAAGUUUGUUCACUGGAGAGGAGAUGAAUUUCAGUAAGUUUCAUAUGACAGUGAUCAAGAGAAAUAAAGGCAGUUAUCGGUGUGAA